AAUGACUUAAAGAUAGACUUCAAAACUCAAUUUAAACGAAUGGAUACUAUAUAUGAUAAUAACGUUGUGAUUGUGACCACAGAAGAAGAUAAUCACUAUAUCUUGGGUUCAAAUGACAAUCAAAUGACAUUUAUUCCGAUUGAGUCGACAUUUUGCGAGUCUUUGUUUGACAUUUUUGCCAAAUUCUGUGGUUUUGACACAAGUUUUGAGACAAUUAUGAACAAAAUUGAAACCAUUAUUGAAACCAAGAGUAGAUCCAUCGCAUCCAUUGCUUCCGAAUCCCUAAAUAGUUUAGAUUAUGACAUGAAUAGCGAUAUUAUGGCCGCCGAAGAAGACGACGACGAGGUUUACUACUCGACAGAUGAAGAAGAGAUUUGUCAACCAUAUCAACCACUAUCACCACUGGAUCUUCAUUUCUUUGAUCCCAUUCUUCAGCAAAGUUCUGAUGAUAACAAUAAUGAAGAAAUAGUUGACAAACGCUUGUCUGAAUCGACCGCCGAUUCAAAUGAGAGUAAACCAUUGAAUGUCUGCACCGAACCAUUGGUUAAUAUAUCGUUGGAAAGUGAAUGCCCAGAGACUACCACUCAUCAGAAUGGAUGUGAUAUCGGAUCAAUUGAGUCGAAGAGCGAUAUUGUCGACACUCGUGAUCAUUCUAUUCGUAUUUUUCACAACCAUUUGGUCGACGCUUUCAAUAAUCAAUUGGAAUCCGAUAUUCGGUUUAAAGUGGAAAAUCAAUUCAUAUAUUGCGAUAAAACAAUACUUAAGAUACGGAACCAAUUGUUUUGGGAUAUUUGCGAACAAAAUAUGUUUAAUGAAAACCAAAUCAAUAUCAAUGCCUACUCUUAUGAGGCAUUCAAUGCACUUCUAAUGUAUUUUUACGGAUUACAACCCGAAGUGAAUGACCACAACUGUUCUCAACUGUUAAAGUUGGCCAAAGAG